AUGUCAGUCGCCUCCGUUGCACCCUCAGUUUCAAGUUCACCUCCUCGUCCACAAAUUUAUACAUGUUUGGCCUGUCAAGUCACUUUUGAUGUUGCCGAGUCACAAAGAAACCAUUAUGUUACUGAUUGGCAUCGUUACAACUUGAAAAGAAAGAUCGCCGAAUUGCCACCAGUGACUCAUAAUGCAUUUGAACAAAAAGCUUUAGCUCAGCAAGCUCUUAACCAGAAUGCAGUUGAGAAGGCUAGUUUUUCUGCAGAAUGUUCCGCUUGUGGCAAAACCUAUUAUUCAGAAAAUGCCUACGCGAAUCAUUUACAUUCUAAUAAACAUAAAAUUGCUGAAAUUAAAGCUACUCAAGAAGGCAAAUUGCAAAAAAAAAUUACAAUAAAUUUAAAAAAUAAAGAAAACCUUCAAGAAAUAGAGCAGCUAAGCAUUGAAGAGAUAAUUGAAAAAAAAAUCGCAUCAUCAAUUAAAUUGGAUGAAACCGAUUGUCUUUUUUGCAUACAAAAAUCCGAAUCUUUUGAUGACAAUAUGAGACACAUGACCAAAGUCCAUAGUUUUUUCAUUCCAGAGAUUGAAUAUUUGGUUGAUCUUCAUGGUCUUAUCCAAUAUUUGGGUGAAAAAAUUUCGGUUGGUAAUGUGUGCAUAUAUUGUAAUGGGCGAGGUAAAGAAUUAAAAAGUCUUGAAGCAGUGCGAAAACAUAUGAUCGACAAAGGUCAUUGCAAAAUAGCUUAUGAUACAGAUGAAGAUAUAAUGGAAAUUGUAGAUUUUUAUGGUUUUUCUACCGCUUGUCUUUCCGAGGAUAGCGAAGGAUGGAUACAUUUGGAUGAUGACGAAUGGGAAAAUAUUAAAGAAAAUGAUGAUAGUAGUAGUGGUAGUAUUGCAGAUAAACAUGUUAUUCCUAAGAAUGAAUUGGUAUAUGAUGAAACGGAACUGAUAUUGCCAUCCGGUGCUCGUGUGGGACAUCGUUCAUUGCAAAGAUACUAUAAACAAAGUUUACGUCCUUUAGAGGAACAUGAUUCUGUCAUUAUUAACCGCCUUAUUACUCAAUAUGGUGAAAGUUUUGGGUACACUCGAAAUUCUGGAGGAUUGCUUAUAGCCAAAAGUGCACAAGCCAAGCAUUCUCGAAAUUCGAUCUUAGAUAAGAGUUGUCAACUAGAAUUUGAUACCCGUGUUGGAAUAAAAGCUAAUAAAUUACAACGUCACCUUCGAAAACAAAUAUUGUAA